CUCUUUUUAUUUUUAUUUUUAUUUUUAUUUUUCCUUUUUUUUCAAACAUUAAAAUCACUUUAAAAUAAAGAAACCUCGGAUAAUGCAGUCCAAGAAGCUCACCCUCUCUGUUGUUCUGCAACCGCCUUUGCCGGACCGCAAGUUCUUCAUUGUCUUUACGCAGAAUACCAUCCUUGAACUCAAGGCCGAAAUAAUCCGCCGUUUCUCCAAGAUGAUCAACAGCCCGAUCACUUUGACGCUGGGCGGAUACGAGCUGAUGGACGAGGACUCGGCCUGCGAUCUGCUCAGCAACAAGUCGGCCAUCUGCGUGCAUCUGGCAAAUGAGGAUGAAGAGGACGAUAAUGAGGACGAUGACAGUGAGGAGGAAGAGGAAGAGGCAAAUAUAAAGAUGGGCUGCAAGCCGCGACUGGUUAAGAUUAGCAAGCGUGUGCAUGGCGAUGCACGCGGUGAUGCAAGGCCGUCUUUAUGUAAGAUGUUGCCUGUACAGGUGGCUUAUGAGAAUGCUUGCAGUGCUUCUGACGCUUUGAGUGAUGGCUCGUCGGACAGCGACUCUGGAUCUAGCUCUGACACUGACUCCUCGGACAGCGACUCUGACUCCAGCUCCAACAAUGACUCCUCAGAUAGCAGUAGCAGUGGUGAUGAAAAAAUCAACAUUCUGGGGUUUACAGCCUCGGACCUAGAUGCUCUUCCAGAUCAAAAUAUCCAGUUGCACCACUCUCAUUUUAAAACUAUUGCGUACAAGGAGCUAGAGAUUUCCUCUGACAUGUCACCACAAGUCAGCACAUAUAGGAUCGGACAAGUGAUGCGUGUUGACAAUGGGGUGCUUUCCAUCUGUGUACUGAGGGUUUUAGAGCAGGAUAAAGGUCAGGAAAGCCAGCAUGUCAGUAAGCGCACAUUUGCACGCCGUGAGAACUUGCUAGGCAAAGAUGAGGUGAUGGAUGAUGGCGAAGUGAUGGUUAAAAAGCUGCAUGUCGAUUGUCUGGUUUCUGUAAAGAUAUUGGGUAAUUCAGUUGUUUGAAAUACAAGCCCCGAGAGACGGAUCCGGACUUAUGGAUCCGUGAGGGGGCUUUGGGGGUUUUAAUUUUUAAUUUUGUUGACAAUACACAGGCAGUAUAGUAAACAAAAUUUGUUUUGUUUGUAUUUGCCAAAAUAGUGUGACUGCGGAAUGUACGAAAUAAAAAAUUAAUUUGCAUUUUUUCUUUUUGUUGGGGCUGGGAA